UUUGCACUAAAUAGGACAAAAACAUAAUGAUUUUUCUAAUGUAGGACUUAAACUUUUUUAUUUCCUAAAUAGGACUUAAUAAUGUCUAGUGGGAGAAAUAAUGUUCAGAAAUGAUGAGCAUUUACUUGAAUAAUGACCAAAAGUCCUACAUUCAGAAAUAAAAACAUAUGGUCCUAUAUUCGGAAAGUCAUUAUGUUUUAGUCCUAUUUAGGUAAAUUUCUCAUAAAUAAAUACUGCGUAUGCGUUUAAUUUGGACGAAUUAAUUAAUAUGCUUAUGGAGUUGGCGUGGCGGCGCAGGAAAACAUUGGAAUGGAGGAGGUGUUGGAGAGGCUGAAAUGCAAGAGAGAGGGGCUGACGGAGGGAGAGGGGGAGGAAAGGCUGGUCAUAUUUGGGGCGAACAAGCUGGAGGAGAUCAAGGACAGCAAACUCCUCAAGUUCCUCGGCUUCAUGUGGAACCCUCUCUCCUGGGUCAUGGAGGCCGCUGCCAUUAUGGCCAUUGCCUUGGCUAAUGGGGGAGGGAAGGGCGCGGACUGGCAAGAUUUCGUAGGAAUCGUAGUGCUGCUCAUCAUAAACUCCACAAUUAGUUACAUCGAAGAAGACAACGCUGGAAACGCGGCGGCGGCUCUGAUGGCGAAUCUGGCGCCGAAAACAAAGGUGCUGAGAGGGGGGAACUGGAGCGAGCGGGACGCCGCAAUCCUAGUCCCCGGCGACAUCAUCAGCAUCAAGCUCGGGGACAUCGUUCCGGCCGACGCCCGCCUCCUCGAAGGGGACUCCCUGAAGAUCGACCAGGCUGCUCUCACCGGCGAGUCCUUGCCCGUCACUAAGAGCCCCGGCGAUGUCGCCUUCUCCGGAUCCACCGUCAAGCAGGGUGAGCUCGAGGCCGUCGUCAUCGCCACCGGCGUCCACACCUUCUUCGGAAAGGCUGCUCAUCUUGUCGACGCCACUAAUAACGUUGGUCACUUCCAGAAGGUGUUGACUGCCAUUGGGAAUUUCUGUAUCUGCUCAAUUGGCAUCGGAGUAUUGAUUGAGAUUGUGGUGAUGUUCCCAGUACAGCACAGGAACUAUAGGGAGGGCAUAGACAAUCUGCUUGUGUUACUCAUUGGGGGGAUCCCAAUUGCCAUGCCCACAGUGUUGUCUGUGACUAUGGCUAUUGGGUCUCACAGGCUGUCGCAGCAGGGUGCCAUCACUAAGAGGAUGACUGCCAUUGAAGAAAUGGCAGGUAUGGAUGUGCUGUGCAGUGACAAGACCGGCACCCUCACCCUCAACAAGCUCACAGUUGACAAGAACCUCAUCGAUGUCUUCAUUAAGGACGCCAGUAAAGAGGUUGUCUUGUUGCUCGCUGCUAGGGCAUCUAGAGUUGAGAACCAGGAUGCCAUAGACGCUUGCAUCGUCAACAUGCUGAGCGAUCCCAAGGAGGCAAGAGAAGGCAUUCAAGAAGUUCAUUUCCUGCCUUUCAACCCGGUCGAUAAGCGCACUGCAAUUACAUAUAUUGAUAGUCAAGGUAACUGGCACAGGGCUAGCAAGGGUGCUCCUGAGCAGAUAAUUGAACUCUGCGAUCUUAAAGGAGAUGCUCUGAAGAGGGCCCAUGGAGUCAUUGACAACUAUGCCAACCGUGGCCUUCGUUCUUUAGCCGUAGCAAGACAGACUGUGCCGGAGAAGAACAAGGAGAGUGCUGGAUCACAAUGGGAAUUCGUUGGUCUGUUGCCUCUUUUUGAUCCUCCAAGACAUGACAGUGCCGAGACGAUAAAGAGGGCUCUUGAACUUGGUGUCAAUGUGAAAAUGAUCACUGGUGAUCAGCUUGCCAUUGGUAAAGAAACAGGGCGAAGGCUCGGUAUGGGCACCAAUAUGUAUCCCUCUUCCUCGCUUCUCGGGCAGAGUAAUGAUCCAUCCAUUGCUUCAAUCCCUAUUGACGAGCUCAUUGAAAAGGCUGAUGGCUUUGCUGGAGUCUUCCCUGAGCACAAAUAUGAGAUUGUGAGGAAGUUGCAAGAGAUGAAACACAUCUGUGGGAUGACUGGUGACGGCGUAAAUGAUGCCCCGGCAUUGAAAAAGGCUGACAUUGGAAUUGCAGUGGCCGAUGCUACAGACGCCGCAAGAAGUGCAUCAGACAUUGUGCUGACUCAGCCAGGCCUAAGUGUCAUUGUAAGCGCCGUCUUGACCAGCCGAGCCAUCUUCCAGAGGAUGAAAAACUACACCAUCUAUGCAGUUUCCAUCACGAUACGUAUUGUCAUGGGUUUCACACUCCUUGCCCUUAUAUGGAAAUUUGAUUUCUCGCCAUUCAUGGUCCUAAUCAUCGCCAUUCUCAAUGAUGGAACCAUCAUGACAAUCUCCAAGGAUAGAGUAAAGCCUUCACGCAUGCCUGACUCGUGGAAGCUCAACGAGAUCUUUGCCACCGGUGUCACCCUUGGGACAUACCAGGCUCUCAUGACUGUUAUCUUCUUCUACCUUGCAUCUGAUACUGAUUUCUUCACCGACACUUUCAAGCUAAAAUCCAUCAAAGAUUCGCCGUAUGAGUUGACAGCCGCUGUGUAUCUUCAAGUUAGCAUAAUCAGUCAAGCACUCAUCUUUGUCACGAGAUCACAUAGCUGGUCAUUUGUUGAGCGCCCUGGAGUCCUGCUUGUUGCUGCCUUUUUUGCAGCACAAUUUCUGGCUACAAUUAUCGCCGUAUAUGCAAACUGGAGCUUUGCAAGAAUCCAGGGGAUCGGCUGGGAAUGGGCGGGCGCCAUCUGGAUUUACAGCAUAAUCACAUACUUCCCUCUUGACAUCCUCAAGUUCAUGAUUCGAUUAGCAUUGAGUGGAAAGGCCUGGAAAUCCAUGAUGGACAACAAGACCGCUUUCACCUCAAAGAAGGACUACGGAAGGGGUGAGAGGGAGGCAAAAUGGGCGGUGGACCAGCGCUCGCUUCAUGGUUUGAGUACUGCCCAGGCCCCUAACCAAUGCAACGAGGAAAGCUAUAGAGAAUUGUCUGAGAUCGCAGACCAAGCCAGGAAACGUGCCGAGGCUGCCAGGCUCAUGGAGCUUCACACGCUGAAGGGGCAUGUGGAAUCGGUGGCCAGGAUGAAGGGUUUAGAUAUCGACACUCUCCAGCAACAUUACACCGUCUAAAAUAGAGCAGCAAGAACAUACUAACAAAACACACUCACUAUCCAAAAAAAAAGGAAACAUGUUCAACUAGCCUUUUUCACAUUUUAGCGGGAUAUGGGAUGAGAUUUGACGAUAUAUUGGACGAUUAAGAAAAGACCUAACUGAGAUCAGAAAAAAGAAGACACCAUUUCUCAUGUACAUAAAAACAUGAAAAGGGG